CUCGCGUUGCUGCAGUAGUUUUGAGGAUAACAUUGUGGCAGGGUGUUACCAAAUUACUUGCUCAGGUUGCCCUACAAUUUUGUUAAGUGACUGGAACAGGGGGAGUGUUUACCCCGGGUGUGAGUACAAGGAGUGAACGAUGGGUUCACCAUUCUGCUCAGUUCUUUUCAAGAACUGGCCGAGGAACUUUGUGCUGCUUGUAAUAACUCUACAAGUGUUGACAUUUGGUCAGAACCUCGUUGGAGCCGUAUCUAGGGAGGGCGAGAGACUACACACUGUCCUGCAGGAGCUGACGACGGUAUUGCAGAGCGUGAAGGACGAGCUGAGGGUUGGAUUCCAGCAUCUGGUGAAUGAACUGCAGCAGGAGCGGAUCUACAGAGAGGAAGUCAUUCAUGUUCUCAGGGCACAAAUCGACAACAACCGUAAAGCCUUAGAGAAUGUGUUGUGGGAGGUAGGUAACGUGUCUGACCACGGGAGGUGCAGCUGUCAUGACGACCAGGAUGGUGGCAGACUGCAGCCUGGGGGUGAGCAGGAGGACCAUGAUAACCUAGCCAGGACGGCACCUGACGCCGACACUCCGGGCUGCCCGCCGCCCUUCGACUACGUUCCGCCGCACUGCCUCACGCUACUGAAGGAGAGAACCCCAUGGGAGUCCACUCGUUCUCGCUGUCACAGUCACGUGCAGAGCCUCCUGGGCUCGCAGCUUGGCAGCCGUCAAGUGAGCGGCGAUAUAGUGGUUCCUCACAACAUGGAAGCCUUCAAGAACUAUGUCAAUUCUAUGUACCUGGGUGGUUCACCGUCAGGCUGGGCCUACGUGGGAGGCUCCACUGAGGGAUGGGGAGGAGCGUGGGCAUGGGUCGACGGCUCACUGAUCAAAGAGCUGCCUUGGCUCUACACCCAGCCGGGCGUGGGCUUCGGCAGGCUGGCUAUCGACAGUGACACCAACUUCCACGUCGUUGAGAAGAGAGAUUUGGCUCUGUGGGUCUUCUGCCAGCUGAAUUAAUUCGCCUCGCCGCCAACUCCUACCUAGAACAUUAAAUACAGUGCCGGUCCCAGUGUCAGCCUUGUGGGACGUCAUUCGUCACGCUUGUCGAAUCCCCACACCUCUUCACUGACCGUCACUCUUUCUUCCCGCUCAGAUAUGCCGUUAUCAUUCCCGUAGCCCCGGCAGAGUCACGUCGUCAGGGUCACCAGGAAACUGAGUGAAUUAAACCACGCGGACGGAGCAGAUGGUAACAGAACACCAAUAACUAGUCAGAAAGACGAGGUUAUCAUGGCAUUAACUUCAAGAGAUCACAAGAUAACUAUCACUAUUACGAAGUAAAUAUAACUUCUACUUCACAACAAUCCAAGAUUACUUUAAUAAACUAUAUGUUAAA